GCAAUUCCGGAGCAAUACGAUAAAUAGAGGAAUUCGAGUGAUUUAAAAAAAAGUUCUAAAUACGAGAAUAAACACUUGUCAUCAUGACGUUUAACUUCAAGAAUGAAGAGGACGUGCAGGCGUACCUCAAGAAUAUUUACAUGGAGUACCGGUUCGGUUGCGAGACCGAGAAGAAUGGAAACGCCUGUCAUCUUUACGGGGAUUAUAUGGAAAGUAUUAAACAGGAUAUAGAACAAGCCGCUAGUAUUUACAAGAGCAAUUGUGAUGAGAGAAACUGGCCGAGAAGCUGCGCCAAAUUCGGUGGAUAUAAAAUUCUAGGCAAAGGAUGUGAGAAGAACAUUCCUGAGGCAUUUAAAUACCUCCAAAAAGGCUGCGAACUGAAUGACGCAAAGGGAUGCGUCCAGGGUGGAGCCCUAGCAUCGAUAAAAACCAUAACCAUCGAGGAAGACAAAGUGAGCCAACUAAAAAAGGCAAUGGAGAUGUUCAGGAAAGCGUGUUUUGAGUUCAAGGAGGAGCCCGGUUGCUUCUACCUCUCUGGCAUCUACAUGGGAAGUCACAAUGAGUCCAUAGAACCCAAUUUCACCGAGGCGUACAAACUCAGUUUAAUAUCCUGCGAAAUGGGAAAUCCAUUUGCAUGCGCCAAUGUCGCGCAGAUGCAUGCACGAGGCGAUGGGGUGCAGAAGAAUCAGGAGAUUGCGGAGGUCUUCAAAGAACGGGCCACAAUCCUGCACAAGGAGCUCAGUGAACUCCAGAGACAACUGCAGUUCCAGCAGGGCAUCAAUACGUGAUUUAACGGGGUUUUUAAAAUUAGGAAUAUUGAAUUUUGUGUUUUUUAUUUCGUGCCUGAAAUUUAUUGAUUCUAGUUUGAUGAGAAUAAACGAUGUGGAGAGUA